GAACGGUUGUCUACCCAUUUGAUUGUACGGUGUGCAAAUAUAGGCUAUUGUUAAGAUUUGAAUCAGGGAAUGUAUGAUGUUAGUUUCUAAACGAAUGAAACGUUAUAAGUAAGUAAGAAAAUGGCAUCUAUUGUUGGAAAUGACAGUGUACAUGAUUCAGAUGAAUGUCGCGAAAUGCACUGCGAACAAUGCUUCGAUUUCGGUGAAACGGCAGAUGCGGAAGGGUUUUGUAAUGAGUGUUUGGAGUAUAUGUGCACGUCAUGCGUAAAAUAUCACAAACGACAAAAUCCACAACAUAACUUACUUGAUAGGGCAGCUAUGCCCCAAGAGUUUUGUUUUGAGCAAUGCCCCAUUCAUCAAAAGCACAUCAGGUUUUACUGCCCCAAAUGUGAACUGUUUGCCUGCUCGGAUUGCAGGAAAACAAAUCAUACAACAUGCGAUAACUUCAACCAUGUUUCAACCAUGGCUACUAGAAUAGAAGAAAGUAACGAACUGAAAGCGGUUCUUAAAGAUAUAGACCUUAUUUCUAAUUCGCUGAAAAAGGUUCAAAAUACACUUGAGGAUGGUGUCAAAGAUGUCGAAACGAAAGAAAAACUAGCUCAAAAAUCCAUUGAGCAAUCCGGUCAAAGUAGGAAGUCACAUUUUGAAGAAGAACAACAAAAAUGUACUGCAACAUUCGAUAAGUACCUUAAGGACAUAUCAUCAGUUAUAGAAGAAGAAAAGCAAAGGACUGUUACUCGUUUGAGAAAGGAGCAAAAUGACCUUGAUAUGAAACUGUCUUGCACAGAAAAUAAAAAACUCGAGGAAUUAAGAAAAUCGGCUGAAGAAGAUGUUAGAGCACAUCGAUCUUUAUUGGCAAGAAAUGCAUCACUGUUGGAUAAAGUAAAGGGCACUUCUUGCGAUUUAUACCAGAAAAUGGAAAUAAAUCAAAGAUGCAAACUUUUAAUUGCAAUGAAGAAUACAGCGUCUGAAGUGAAGAAACUAAAGCAAGAAUUGCUUAUGCUGACAAACCAAACUGCAGCUUUGAAGAAAAACUCACUACCAGACCAAAUAAUAACUGAUGCUAGAUCGUUCCAAGCUUCAGUUAUGUCACAAUCUACAAGAAAUGAUGGUAAUAAAAGUACUAAACAUCUUUCAGAAGUAACCAGACUGAUAGUGGUAACAGAGAAGCAGACAGUGUACAAGAAGUUUCCUAUACCUCUUAUCAACUUUCUAGAGAAACAUUUAUUUACCAUCAACACUAUGUUAUCACCAGAACAACAACAAAUUGUAGUGAUGUUGGAAAAAUGGGCGGAGCAGUUUGUUAAACAAAGAAAUUUUAGUUAUACACAUAGAGGUCAAACAACAGUCACAAAAGUAGGUGAUGUUUUUAUUGGUUACCAUGAUGAUACAUGUUCAGCCAUUGUUCUAGAUGUUUGGAACAAACAGACAGAUAUAGAGGAUGAGAAAGACAGGGAUAGACAGGUUUUACAAGAAUCUAAGGCAGUGUUGCUAUGGUGUGCUAUACCAGAAUCCCUGAUCAGACUGGAACACAGUAGCUUGUCAAACAGGGAAAAGGAGUUAUUGAAAGGAUGGUACUUCAACAAACAGUCACAUGACAACCUUCUACAAUAUCUGAAUGUCAAAAUAGUUGAACAGAAAUGUAGGCAAUUAUUUGCACAGAUAACAACCCAUUAUAAACUGUUGACAUGUGUUCACAAAGGAGAAAUUGGUAAAGCCACUGGAAUAGAUGUUGACAAAAUACUCCUGCUAAAAACUUUACCACCUAUUGAUACUGAACAACAAUUGAGAAACAUGAUUAUACAGCACAUUCAAAGUACAGUAAAAGAUCCAAGCCUAAUGGUGAUACAGUGUGACUCGGAUGAUGUGAACGCCAAUCUGAUUGCAUGUGCUCGUUACUGCGUCAUGGAUGAAUUUGAAAAGAUGUGCGAAGAACUAAGAGCUCCUAUCUAUGUUGUAUUUAUUGUACAACUGCCUCGUGGGGCCUCAUUCACAGGAUUUCAGUGUGGUCUUUGGCACUCAGCUCACAUAGAAGACCUGUAUCAAGAAGAUAUGAACAUGCCUACACUAAAAGACAUGCAAGGAAAAUCUAUAUCAAAACUCUUCACAAACUCUGCAAUGGAGAUUGAUGAGGAUGUUUCUAGAGAAAUCGCUCAGACAGAAAACGAAAUAAAAUGGACUGGGGCAGAAGGUACAAAUACUUCACUUAAGCUUAGACAGGGAAUGGAUAAAAACUUAAUGUACACAAAUGACUUGGGCUUUGAAAAUAAAAAGGAAAAUGUUCCACUACAAUUAGACGAUGCACGUUUAGAAUUAAAGAGUGUAUAUAAGCAUGGAGGUCAAGGAUAUGGUCAACAUAGACUAAAUGUAAAAGAAUUGAUAUUAUCUCGUGUACAGGCAGCAUUGUCAAAAGUGAAGGAUAAGGUAGAACAUACAAAUAAAGAAACAAACAGGGUUGGACUGGUUCUGAAAUUGGUCCACCAAGAACAAUUUGAAG